AUGGCACCUACCAGGAAAAGCGGAUCUAAGAGACGUACUAUAGGGUUUUACUGCGACCUGUGCGAGAAAUCAUUCGCAGGAGACCAGGCCCGUCACAGUAGAAGACACGCACCGAACAAAGAUGACCUGAAGUGGAGAUGCGCUCUAUGCAAGGUCGCAGACUUGCAGAAGCAUAACGUGGUGCAACAUAUAGCCCGCGCACACCUUCGAGAUUCACGAUACCAUUGUUCCUGGUGCGAAGAGAAAUUCAGCUGUUCGUCCAACCUCUCGAAGCACAAGCACAUCGCCCACGGAUACGACUCGAACAGCCAUGCAGGGCCCUUGUCACAUGCAGGCUUACUUGAGGAUUGCGAAGAGCACCUCCGUGCUCCCUCCUGCUAUCAGCAGACAGCUUCCCGCGUGUUUGAGCCAACCGAGGCCAAGCCAAAGCUCUUUGAGUCAUGUGCCAACCGUGUCCUGACCGAGAACCCCAUCAAACUCGAUCAUGCUGAACCCUUCUUCGAACCCGAAGUAUUCGCGAAGCGCGGAGGAUCUGUCAAACGCGAGUGGUUAGUCGAGUACGACCCGUACGCGUACGUCAAGCGAAAGUUGUCUACCAAGGACGAGCUACGCACUGCGAACAUACCGUUCAUCAAACAGCAGUUAGACGUUCACGCAAAGCAGCCAAUAGAGCAGGCAGCAUCCUCUGCACGCGUGAAGCAGACACAAGUGCGACAUCUCAAACCAGAACCAUACGACAUCGAGCCAAGGCAGCCAAACAAGCAGGGGUCCGUCGCGACACGCAUCAAGCGCGAAGCAAGCGAGCCUUACGGCUUCUCGUCCAGCUCCAUCUCUCCAAUCCCUCCCCAGCCUUAUCCACAUACCUCUUCGAUACAUCGCAACACAAUCCGCGCAGUGGAUGCUGGGGCGUCGCAGACCCUCCACGGUGCCUACGUCCCACAGUCCCUGGGUCCAAUCGUCAAGAACGAGCUCAUGGAUGUGGACGUCAAACCCCCGAGUUUUCUCGAACCAUCCCACAUGCAACCGCAGGGUAACACUGUCGGGGCACAGCAACCGCUUCAUCCUGCAGGGGUCCAUCCCGCGCAGCUUUCGCGCUCCCAUUCAACGCACAUGCGGGCUCCCGGUCGGCCCAACGUUCUCAGAGCCUAUGCCACGUGGUAG